AUGUACCCCAACUCGCAGUCGGCCAGACACCCGGCUCAAACACUUUCUUUGAACAGUCAGUACUUUCCGCCUCCGUAUGACUUCACCGGGUUCCAUCACGUCCCGGGAGUCGGGGACCCGUCGACAGGUGCCUGGAGCUCCAUGUACCCUCCCCGGGAAGAGUACGCGUACAGCUUCCCGGGGUCAAGCCCCAGCAGCGCGGCGCAGGCCAGCUUCUCCUCCCCGGAGCUGAGCGGCACGCCCACCCAUGCUGGAGGGGGGUCGUUCACCCCGUACAACUUCAUCUCAGGACAGGAACCCUUCGGUCCCAAGAGGAGACCACAUGAAACCGCUUCAGGAACCAAGACUCGCACUAAGGACAAGUACCGGGUGGUUUACACUGACCAGCAACGCCUGGAGCUAGAGAAGGAGUUUCAGUUCAACCGCUACAUCACCAUGAGGAGGAAGACCGAGCUGUCAUUGACAUUAGGCCUCUCUGAGAGACAGGUGAAGAUUUGGUUUCAGAACAGACGUGCCAAAGAGAGGAAGAUAAACCGUAAGAAGCAGCAGAACUCUCAGCAGGCCUCCACAACCACCCCCAACCCGCCUGCUCAGGGUGGGCCCGCUGACUCCCACAUCCCCACCAGCCCCAGCAGGAACAUUUUGUCUGACACUAUAUCAGAGGAAUACUAG